AUGGAGCCUUAUGAUGUGAUAGUGAAUCAACCGGUCGUCAUCGACAACGGUUCGGGAAUGAUUAAGGCCGGUUUCGCUGGCGAUCACAUACCAAAGUGUCGUUUUCCCAACUAUAUGGGUCGGCCCAAGCAUGUGCGCGUGAUGGCCGGUGCAUUGGAAGGGGACAUGUUCGUGGGACCAAAGGCGGAAGACUAUCGAGGGCUGCUAAGCAUCCGCUACCCGAUGGAGCACGGUAUCGUAACGGACUGGAACGAUAUGGAAAAGAUCUGGACGUACAUCUACAGCAAGGAUGAGUUAUCAACCUUUGCCGAAGAGCACCCGGUCCUGCUUACCGAGGCACCACUGAAUCCUCGCAAGAACCGAGAAAAGGCGGCCGAAAUUUUUUUCGAAACGUUCAACGUGCCCGCACUGUUUGUGUCGAUGCAAGCCGUGCUGAGCCUCUACGCGACUGGGCGCGUCACCGGUGUGGUGCUGGACUCGGGUGACGGUGUAACACAUGCUGUACCCAUAUUCGAAGGUUUCGCUAUGCCGCACAGCAUCAUGCGCGUAGACAUUGCGGGACGGGAUGUGACCCGUUACCUGAAGACGCUUAUUCGCAAGGAAGGCUUCAGCUUCCGAACGACGGCCGAGUUCGAGAUAGUGCGCUCGAUCAAGGAAAAGGUAUGCUCGUUAGCGACGAAUCCGCUUAAAGAGGAGACGGUCGAUACGGAGAAAACCAAGUACGUGCUGCCGGACGGAAAUGUGCUCGAGAUUGGACCGGCGUGUUAUCGGGCACCGGAGGUACUGUUCCGCCCUCAUAUGCUUGGGGAGGAGUGCGAGGGUAUACAUGAGGUUCUAAUAUACUCGAUUCAAAAGUCCGACAUGGAUCUGCGAAAGAUGCUGUAUCAGAACAUUGUGUUAUCGGGCGGAUCGACAUUGUUCAAAGGUUUUGGCGAUCGAUUGCUAUCCGAGAUAAGGAAACACGUGGCAAAGGAUAUGAAAAUAAGGAUCGCUGCCCCGCAAGAACGUAUCUACUCGACCUGGAUGGGUGGAUCAAUUCUGGCCUCUCUCGACACAUUCAAGAAGAUGUGGGUCUCGAAACGGGAAUUCGACGAAGAUGGCCAGAGGGCGAUUCAUCGGAAAACAUUUUAA